UGACGUUGACAAACAGCAAUUGAGGCACGAAGCUUUGUUCCGUGUUCAAUAUAUUGGUGCUGGCAACACAAGCUCAGACGCUGCCUGGCUGGCUGUCACUUUUGGGGCGCUUGGUUAGGUCGACGGAGCGAAGAUGGCGACCGCCUACGAGCGAUACAAUUUACACACCACCCCAGAAAAGUUUUUCAUUGAAGCCUGCGACGAAGGGGCCGAUGCCGUCCUGACUAUCGACAGGGUGUCAAACGAGAUGACCCUUACAAGUAAAAAGGAUAUCCCUGCCUCAGCGGUGACCAGGCCAAUUUGCGGCAUCAUGGGAACCAUUCGCCUGGUUGCUGGGAUGUACCUCAUCGUCAUCACUAGGAAGAGAAAUGUGGGCUGCCUCAUGGGUCAUGCAGUGUGGAAAGCUGUGGAUUUUGAUAUCAUCUCUUACAAGAAGACAAUUUUGCAUCUGUCAGAGAUCCAGUCUCAAGAGAACAAGACCUUCCUGUCCAUGCUAAAGAAUGUGCUGAUGACAGACGGUUUCUACUUUUGCACGGAUUAUGACCUGAGCCACACCCUUCAGCGGCUGGCCAAUACCAGCCCCGACUUCCAGGAGAUGAGCUUGCUUGAGAGGGCAGAUCAGAGGUUUGUGUGGAAUGCAAAUCUCCUUCGAGAGCUCGCGGCCGAGCCAGAGCUCCACCGGUUUGCGCUCCCCGUUCUACAUGGCUUCAUUGUCAUGAAACCGUGUCGCAUCAACGGGAAGAUCUUUGAGUGGAUCCUCAUAUCCCGCAGAAGCUGCUUCCGAGCUGGUGUCAGAUACUAUGUCAGAGGCAUUGAUUCGGAGGGCCACGCUGCUAACUUUGUUGAAACGGAACAGAUGGUAUUAUACGAAGGAGCCAAAGCUUCCUUUGUGCAGACGAGAGGCUCGAUGCCUUUUUACUGGAGUCAGAGGCCCAACCUGAAAUACAAGCCCAAACCCAUUAUCAGCAAAACCAGCAGUCACUUGGAUGGUUUCCAGAGGCAUUUUGACUCUCAGCUUCUAAUCUAUGGCAAACAAACACUUCUUAACCUGGUCAAUCAGAAAGGCUCCGAAAAGCCACUUGAACAGGCAUUUGCCAAGAUGGUGGCUAGUAGCAACAAUGGAUUGCUGAAUUACAUCGCCUUUGACUUCCACAAAGAGUGUAGCCACAUGAGAUGGGAUCGUCUCCAGAUCUUGGUGGGAGCUGUGGCCGAAACGCAAGAUGAAUACAGUUACUUCAUGGUGAACCCGGACGGAAAGCUACUAGCCCAGCAGAAAGGCGUCUUCCGCAGCAACUGUAUGGACUGCUUGGACAGAACCAACGUCAUCCAGAGCCUUUUGGCACGACGCUCCUUGCAGUCUCAGCUCCAGAGAAUGGGGGUUCUGAAUGUCGGACAGCGUCUUGAAGAACAGGCUGACUUUGAGAGGAUCUACAAAAAUGCAUGGGCUGACAAUGCCAACGCAUGCGCCGUACAGUACGCCGGAACCGGUGCAUUAAAAACCGACUUCACAAGGACAGGGAAAAGAACCCAUUGGGGAUUGUUGAUGGAUGGCUGGAACUCAAUGAUCCGCUAUUACAAAAACAACUUCUCCGAUGGCUUCCGACAAGAUUCAAUCGACUUGUUCCUGGGCAAUUUUGCCAUCGAUGAAUCCGACGGCCCCGGUCCUCUCAGGGUGCAGAAAGACUGGAAGUUCCUCACCCUACCGAUUGUCAUGUUGGUGGCAUUCUCAAUGUGCAUUGUAUGCUUUCUCAUGGCUGGUGACACGUGGACAGAGACUUUUGCUUAUGUGAUGUUUUGGGGCGCUUGUAGCGCCAUCACAGCCACCAUCAUCCUCUUUAAUGGGCAAGACUUUGUGGAUGCUCCUAAACUUGUUCACAAAGAGAAGAUGGACUGAGCAAGUUGUGUGUGUGUGUGUGUGCGCGUGUGUGUGUGCGCGCGCAUAUCAGGGUACGCAAUCAUCACUCUGAGUACCAGAGCAAGAUGUAUUGUCAACAUUUAUCUCUUCACAUGCUAUCUGAUGUGUCCAUCCAUAUUUGAGGGCUGAGUCUUUUCAAAGGCAUUGAUUAUUGCGUUCUCAGCCGGGAGCUCGCAAAUGAUCACCAGACGUUUGCCUAAACCCGAUGAACAAACUAACCAACUCCUUGACGACAACGCAACGUUCGCUGCCUUCAAAAGCGCUCGCAAUAGGGAUAGGAGCUUAAGAUGUUUCGUGGUGUGUUACACAGACAAAUCAGUCAGGAACAUGCUGUUCCAAAAGGAUUGGAUCAUGAUCAACAGCUUUUCCUCUUUUGGUUGUCCUGUCAACUUUCUACCGUUCCUGUAUUCUUCGGUUGCCUUCUUUAUUGUGUGUACGUCAGGAUUCUUUAGUCUCCAUUGUCGUUUUCGGUGUACAAUUUUGUGACGGAAUAGGGAGCGAGCGAGCGAGCGAGCGAGCCUUACCGCAACAAUGACUACUUUUGUAUGAUUGAACUUCCUUACUCACAAUGGCUGCCAAGACCAAUUGACAUAUACAAUUAAGAUAACUGGAUAGUAACAACUUGUAUGUAAUUGUUGCAUUAUUACAUUAAAUAGUAUCAAUAUUCCUGAAGUUUUGAACAGUUUUUUCCAUGUAUGCAAAUUUUUGUUGACUGCUACAUUUAUCACUAAGCCAUUCAUCGUGAUAUGUAUUUCUCGGAGUGAGGUACAAGGAUAUUGUGCAGUCAUCUAAAUAUUGUCCUCAGUUAUUAGUAGUUCUAAUUCAAGAGAAUUUUUUUUUCUUUUUCUUUGGCCCAAGGUAAUUAUUGUACGUUUGGACAGAAAUGAUCAGGAUUUGUAAACGACACAUUGUCAUGUUUGCAAGAAAGCUACUCAAUUGCACACACAACUUGAUGUUGCUUCAACUGACACAUUAUGCAUAUUUGAUGGAUGACCUUCCAAGACUUUGGGUUUCUAUUUACAGUCCUAAUGUGUAUUGUGUGGUCAUUACGCUGACAUAGUAUAUACUAUAUAUACACACGUAUACACAUUAUAAUAAGUGAUAAAUAUUUUCAUAUACUGUACAGCAUUAAUAUCAUUGUUGUGAUUUAACCUCUAACUCAUCUGUUCUAAAUGAUUAUUUGCAAAUUUGUCAACAGUUACGCUUGUGAUUUCAAAAUGUCAACUUGGUUAUUUGCGGGCAUUUGAUGGUGUCACGAAUCUCACUAUGUAUUUACGGUACAUUGUAUUUUGGGUCCAGGUCGACCAAUUUGUGAUUUUCCUCAGCAGUCAACUCUAUUUAAGCCUUCAUCCCUUUGUUUGAAUACUGUAUAUUUGACAAUAAACUACUGUGAACGGA